AGCAGGGAGAUUUUGCUUAAUGCUGCAUUAUUUGAAAUGCAUUGCUAUUGAAAUCUGACUGAAUUUAAGAAUUAGUUAAAAUGAAUUGUUUUUGUGAUUAGGUAAUUUCUUAGUUAAGAUAUCACAUUUCUCCAAUAAACAGGCGGGCUUUCUAGCAUAGCCUGAAAUACAGUAAGCCUUCCUCUUCUUUCUAGCAUAGGCCUUCCUCUUCUAAGUGAUAAAUUUAGCUUAUUGUAAAGACAUGCCAUACAUUUCUUUAGGACAAUUACAUCUGGUGUACGUGGAAAGAAAAGAAAAUUUAUUUAUUUAUUUUCAUUUUUAUUUGUUAAGAAAACAUAUGAUGGGAAGGCAUAAAAAGAAAAAAGGAAUUUCAGUUUACAUUCGAUCAUUUGUCUAAGCUUAGCUUAUGGGUUCAUGUAGGAGCAGAGCAAUGCCUGAUAUAUAUGGCAAACCAUUUGCUACUCAGUCCUCCCUUUGGAAAUUAUACAUUCUGAUGGAACUAAUAAUUUGCUGGGGAUCACAUAGAUUUUUACUUAAUUGGCCAGUCCUAACUUUUUUCUUGGCGCACAUGUGAGACAAUGUUGUAUCCUCGACUCAAUAAAACCAAACCCCUUCAUGUCUCAGGUUAUCAUCCGAGGUACUUUUAACAACAGGCACUAGUGGCCAUCACGUGCAUGCUCAAGAACCCUCCCUCUACUUUUCGGUUCAUUGGUAACUUAACUGGACCCCUUUUCCGAAGUAUUUUAAUAUGGUUGGUGCAAAAAGUGGUCUUAUUAGAGAUGUCCUGGCCUUGGUAUGCUAUGGGUUAAACAGCCAUUCUUGUUUUCCUCUUGGAAUACGGAGGAAGAUGCAUUUUUUUCCACACACUAAGAAUUUAAUCGACUAGCGGAUUGGAUGGCAAAAUCUGUUAGAAGAGGUACAUGCUCCCCUCAAAUUGGGUUGUGCCAAACCUGAUCCCUUAGUGGCUCUUCUUCUUUUUGAUUCUCCUGUAAUGAUUCGUUUUUCUUGAAUGAACCUUUGGAGAAAAAGAAAAAAGAAAAGGAAAAAAGAACCCGUAAGGUUGCUUUACAACUAGAAAUAAAAAAAGAAGUAGAAGAGGAAGAAUUCUUGGUACAUGGGCUAAAAGUGAAAGAUUUGAUUAUGUUAUGGGAGAGCAAACUGCUAAGCUUCUAAAAAGGCUAAAAAGUCUUCUUUAACAUCAUUUUAGCAUCAUCCCAUCUUCUUUUGUAACUUUUGGCAGACUAGUUCUAAUUGUCGCGGUGGCAGUCCAUUAAUUGUUUUAGAUCAUUCACAUGGAAGUCAUAAUCAAGUGAGAUUAAGUUAAUCAUUUUCCAUUUAAGAUCGUCUGAUUUUAAGCACAUAAUCUACUUUAGAGAUCUCAUGGUAAGGGCUAGCUCACUGUGAAGCUAGCUAGAUAUAUGUCAAAGUGCACACCUGUCUACUGCUUUUAAAUCAUGUUCAUAAGCUGUUCUUUGAAGUUAUCAUUGGGGAGGAUACAAAACUUUCAAAGAAAUGAUGCAUGUGCAUGCGAGGAAAACUCAGCGUAGCCAGUACUUUUUAGGACAUUAUUGAUCCUUAUCAACUUGGGUUAAAUAUUCAUAUCAACACUGACCUUUCAAAUCCCAUCCUCACUUUUGUGCCUAAGCUUUACCUUGCAUACCUUCUUUUCAUUUGUGUAUUCCGAUUGUCUUCCUUUUUAAUUAUUUCAUGCCCAUAUCUUUUCUACCCAAAUUGCUUUGGCGAAAAAAUAAGCUUGCUGUUUACCUUAAUCCUCGGUACACGUUAAACAAGAGUUUCUUCCACCUAUUUCUAAAGAUAUGUAUUGAAUUUCUUAACUUUUUGUAGUGCUUCAACAUUUACAUAUGAGACAGAAUUGAAAAUAAAAAUUUCACAUGGUCUGUCUACAAAUUCUGUUGAUGAUGAAGGCAUUUUGGUCGUUAACAUCAUAAUUUACAUGAAGAGGACAGCCUUCCCCUAUAUGUUCCCUAAGUUUAUCUUUUGAUGUGAUAUGAAGAGGAUUUCCCUACUAAUUCAAGCAUAUCUUAUGUAGGGAGAAAUGUCUGCCAUGCAUAUGUUCAUAUACAUGACCCUCUACUUACCUUUUGUGUUAUUUUUAUUUUUAUUUGGUGUCACAAAGUGUAGGACCUCAAUAACUUUAUGGAAACAUGCAUUAUUUUUCAGAAUCCUAAUGCUUUGUACAUGUUCGUAUAUUGCUACUUAUGAUAACUUAUAUCUGUAUGCACAGUAAAUUUAUUUCAGUACAUGGGAAACUUUAUAAGGGAAAUAUCACGUCAUAAUUUGAAUCCCCGAACUCAUAUAUUACAAGACAGACACUCAAUUAUUUCGCUUUCUGAAAGCUUAGAUGAUUGUUAAGUGGAAUUCUCAAACUAACAUUUACGCAUCAUAUAUAAUGUUGGUUAAUUGAAGGUUGCAUUGCAGCCAUUUGAUCCUUCCCAUUUUCUGUACUGAUACAUCCUUGACAAGGUUGUUAGAGUAGAUCUCCAUGAUAUCUUUGAAAGUAUAGUGGUGUAAUUUACCUGAUAAUUUGUUUGGGAAUUUUGUACUGAUUCAUGUGUACAUUUGUUGCAUAUAAAAGCAGGUUUGGAGCCCAAGGAGUUCUAUUAAGCAGUUAAGAUAGUGGUGGAAAUGAUCACUGGGUAACUAAAAAACUUUGGAAUACAUAGCCACCCCCUUAGCUAAUGGAAUCAAAUCCAAGGUUGUAUGGUUAACCAAACAGCUGGAAUCAUACUUAAAUAUAAACCUUUUCCAUAUCCCCGAGAGCCCUGUCUAUGUAUGGCUUUGUAAAACAGAAAAGGCUCUUAUUUUUUCAUUAAACUUUUGUAUAGAUCCAAGAUAUUCACCCACUCAGGGUGAGAAAAACUCUUAUUUUAGUAGGCCUUCUAUGUAAGAAUUGAGGGGUUAUAGAGAUGGCAAAUCUUAUCAGUGAUCAGCUCUGCUUUAGAGCUUUGGCCUUAUUGCUUUGUCUGCUUCUCCCUGUACUCGGGCAGAACUUGUUGAGCUGCGAAACUACUUCUCCCGAUGCUUCAGGUUAUCGUUGCAAUAUUAAUGGAUCGCAGGAUCAUUGCAAGACAUUUGCGAUUCUUUCCACUAAUUCUUACUUCUCAUCUCUUUCCAAUUUGAGCUUUUACUUGGGUUUCAAUCGGUUUGUGAUUGCGGAAGCAAAUGGUUUCUCUGCUGACACAGAGUUUCUCCCCAAAGAUCAGCCUUUGUUGAUACCUAUAGAUUGUAAAUGCAAUGGUAAUUUCUUUCGGGCUGAAGUUACUAAAACUACUAUCAAAGGGGAGAAUUUUUACGGUAUUGCUGAAUCUUUGGAAGGCUUAACAACCUGCAAAGCCAUUCAAGAAAAUAAUCUGGGUGUUUCGCCGUGGAAUCUUGCUGAUAAGGCUCGACUAUUGGUACCUCUGAGAUGUGCUUGUCCGUCUUCAUCUCAAGUUACUCUAGCAACAAGAUUCUUGCUCUCUUAUCCAGUAAGUGAAGGCGAUACAAUCUCAAAUAUAGCCAUUAAGUUCAAUACUACUCCAGAAGCUAUUAUCUCCGCAAACAACAGAUCAUUAGCAAAUUUUAAACCUGAAAACCUUGUACCUCUUGCAUCUCUUUUGAUACCACUAAACAGAGAGCCUGCCCUUGGUUCCCUUGCAAAACCCCGUGAACCCAAUUCGCCAUUUCGUGAAAGCAGCAUCCCAGUAAUUAAUCCACAUAAAAAGAAGUCAAAAAUGUGGAUGAUAGGAGUUUACAUUGCUGUUACAGGAGUUGUAGUUGGAGCCACCAUUGCUAUUGUAGCAGCCUUCCUGAUUGUGCAGCUGAAGAAGAAGAAGAAGCAGAAUUUGAGCAAAGAUGUUGAUCCAGAGCUUCAACAGCUUAGUUUAAGUGUAAGAACUACAAGCGAGAAGAAAGUCUCGUUUGAGGGAUCCCAGCAAGAUCUUGAUAACCAGAUUAUCGACACUACACCCCGUAAUAGAAAGGUGCUUGUGGAGAACUACACAGUAGAGGAGCUGAGAAAGGCCACUGAAGACUUCAGUUCAAGCAGUCUUAUAGAUGGCUCUGUAUACUAUGGUCGUCUUAAUGGAAAGAAUUUGGCGAUAAAACGCACAAAAUCAGAAACUAUAUCGAAGAUUGAUUUCAGUCAUUUCCAAAAUGCAACUCAUCAUCAUCCCAACAUAAUUAGGCUGUUGGGGACAUGCUUAAGUGAAGGUUCUGAUUCAUUUUUGGUGUUUGAAUAUGCUAAAAAUGGAUCUUUAAAGGACUGGCUUCAUGGUGGGCUGGCUAUGAAGAACCAGUUUAUAGCCUCCUGCUAUUGUUUCUUGACAUGGAAUCAAAGGCUAAAGAUAUGUCUUGAUGUGGCAGUGGCGUUGCAGUAUAUGCAUCACAUCAUGAACCCAAGCUAUGUUCAUAGAAAUGUGAAGAGCCGGAACAUCUUCCUGGACGAAGAGUUCAAUGCAAAGAUUGGGAAUUUUGGAAUGGCAAGGUGUAUUGAAGGUGAUACUCAGAACACAGAAAUACAUUCAACUAAUCCUUCGUCAUGGAGUCUGGGCUAUUUAGCUCCCGAGUAUAUUCAUCAAGGUAUAGUUUCUCCAAGCAUUGACAUAUUCGCCUUCGGUGUAGUACUACUGGAGGUUUUAUCAGGAAAAAGACCGAUUACAAGACCUGACAACAAGGGAGAAGAAAGUAAUUUACUUUCUGAGAAAGUGAAGUCCAUACUAUCAUCAGAAAAUGCUGGUGAGCUAAGGGAAUGGAUGGAUAAUGCGUUAGGGGAAAAUUAUUCGUUUGAUACAGCAGUGACAUUAGCCAAUCUUGCACGGUCUUGUGUUGAAGAAGAGCCUUCUUUAAGACCUAACGCAGGAGAACUUGUGGAAAAGCUAUCGAGACUGGUGGAAGAAUCAUCAGAAGGAGAGCAGGUGGUAAUCAGCGAAAGCUCUUCAAAACCUCUGGUGAAGGCAGCAGCAGCUCUAUGAAAAAUUUCAGGUUCACUGAUGUUAAUUUUGUUGCCUGUUAGAUUCCUGAGAUGUUAGUGACAUUGAGUGAAAUCUUGUAUAUAUGUAAUUAAAAAGAAAAAAGAGGGGACACAGCAAGCUAUCAGAUCUCUGCUUUGUAAUAUCUUUAGUCCUGAAAUAAAAAUAAAAAUAAAAAGUCAUAUACAUAGAUUGUAAA